GGAGGGGAUAUUCUAUGUGCUUGGCAGUUAUUGUGGGAAACAGCUUGGAUAGACUUUCUGCUGGACCCAGUCUGUGUCUCUUGACUUGACUGACUGUUGAGCUCUCAUGGAGAUCAACACGAAAGAGGAUAAAGAAGAAGAUGACACUCCAGGCCCUGAGGGGGUGAUGACAAAGGAGGAUGUUUCAGAGCCUGUCGAGGGGGACACAGUGCUGGGCUGCAACACCAGACUCUCUUCCCAGCGGCCUGUUAUCCACCAGGUGGCCUCUGCACCCAUGCCCAGUGAAUACGAGUUCUCCUUCUUUGACCCCAAUGAGCUGCAGUGCAGGGAAGUUCUUCUGGAUCCCAGCACCACAAUACCAGAGCUGUUCGCUGUCCUCAGGCAGUGGGUGCCCCAGGUCCAGAAGAAUAUCCACCUCAUCGGCAAUGAGAUCCUAAAGCGAGGCUGUGGUGUGAAUGACCGAGACGGACUGACGGAUAUGAGCCUUCUGCACUACUGCUGCAAGGCUGGAGCUCCAGGCAUUGGUGAUGCAGACACAGCAGCCAGCUUUGCCCGCCAGCUCCUGAGCCUAGGUGCUGAUCCUAACCUUCGCUCACGCUGGACUAACAUGAGGGCCCUCCACUACGCUGCCUAUUUCGAUGUGCCCCAGCUUAUCCGGGUGGUGUUGCAGGCCUCCCAGCCUGGAGAGGUAGAUGCCACCUGCAGUGACUUUGAUUUUGGCACUGCCCUGCAUAUUGCUGCAUCCAACCUGUGCACAUCAGCUGUCAAAUGUCUCUUGGAGCUCGGAGCCAACCCUGCUUUCAGAAAUGAAACAGGUCAAUGCCCGGCAGACGUGGUACCUGACCCUCUUGACAUGGCCGUGGAGAUGGCAGAUUCAGCUGCUGUGGCCAAAGAGCUCCGAUCUUUGCUGAGGCAGGCUUUACCCAGACCCUGCUCCCCCCUGCCCCUCACUCUGCAUGCCCAGUCCCCCCCUGCCCUCUCUGAUAAGGCCAGGAUACAACUUGCCGCCAUGGGAAUCCGUUUAGGUGACCGUGUGGUGAUUGCUGGACAGAAGGUUGGAACCCUACGUUUCUGCGGCAGCACCGAGUUCUCAGGCGGCCUCUGGGCUGGAGUGGAGCUAGACAAACCAGAGGGGAAGAACGACGGCUCUGUAGCAGGGGUUCAGUAUUUCACCUGCCUUAUCAAACAUGGAAUUUUUGCUCCCCUUUCCAAGAUAAGCAAACCAUCGGAAAGACCGAAAUCCAGCACCACGAAGACGUCUACUCCCAUACGCCCCCCUCGUCGCAUUGACCUGUCCCGCAUCACCUCCAAGAUAAACACAGGUGUUCUCUCUCGCUCUCUUUCCUCUUCAUCCUCUUCACUGGACUCUCGGCACGGGCCAGGAGUCCGACCUCGACCACUGCCAAGGCAUCGCCUUCCUGCUAAUCAGAGGAGGGAGCUUGCUUCCCUGAGUCCCAGGACCACGUCCUCACCACCGCUCCGUUCAUUUUCUGGCACCACUGUGCUUCCUGCUGCAGGUGUACGAAGCCGCACCCCCUCAGCUGGAAGCUCUGUGUGUGAGGGCCCUGAGGUGCAUCUGGGGGAGAGGGUGCUGGUGGUGGGCCAGAGAACUGGUGUAGUCCAGUUUUAUGGAAAGACCAGCUUUGCUCCAGGACUUUGGUUGGGCAUUGAACUGGACAAGCCAAGUGGUAAGAAUGAUGGGUCAGUUGGAGGAGUGAGGUACUUCAGCUGCCCCCCAAAACACGGCGUCUUUGCUCCUCCCUCUCGUGUUCAAAGGAUCCAUGGGUCCGUCGAUUGCCUCUCGGAGCUCUCGUCCUCACGCCUCAAUCAUCCUCUCGGCGGGCCGAUAUGUCGCAGUUUGAGCACAUCGUUGACAAUCACUACCCCUAAGGAGCCGAGCAGAAGAAGUUCUGUCACCAGGAGUCGUUCCAACCCUCACCGACGGCGCUGGAGCACUCUGAGCGGUAGUAGCGGCGGUGUUCCUACACACGUGGCGGCGGCCAGCCUCCCAGCCUGCUCUGAUGGACAGGUACGCCUCCACGUGGGCAUGCAGGUCCUGCUGAACAGUGCCAACGAGAUGGCGUUCAUCCGUUACCUGGGCACAGCAGACUUUGCCCCGGGCAUUUGGUUAGGUCUGGAGCUCCGAAGCCCCAAAGGCAAGAAUGACGGUUCUGUGGGCGGCCGCCGCUACUUCACCUGUCGACCUGGCCAUGGCGUGCUGGUGCGCCCCAGCCGUGUCACCUACCGCGGCAUCAACGGUUCACACUUGAUGCAUGAAAAUGGCAGAGGAAUGUAGGAAAACAAUUUGUUGGACAGCUUGAGACACGUUCUGAUUGUGUUCCACUACAAACAAAAGCUUAAAGUUUUAACUCCUCAUUCUGCUUCGAAUGGCCCAUUAUUGAUUUUCCUCUGUACAGUCAGAGCUGGUGUGAAUUACAGUAGUAAAACAUCUUACUGCUUGUUCAAAUUUAAAAUACUAGAUUGGAGGAUUGGAGGAGGCAAAUGAAGCACUUUAGAAAGGAAAAGCGAAAGUCCUCUUAGAAUUGGUCUCAGGAGGAUGUCGGUGGGGGGGGUCUUUAAAAGACAAAAAACGCUGCACUACUUUUAAUCUGAUUGCACUGACAAACAUCAACAUGAUGUAAAACAAACUAUGAAAAAUUAUUUCUAAAGCUUUUAUUGCAUCAAGUUGAGGUUAUAUUAUAUAACUUAGGUGGCAAUGUAGCCUCUAACCGUGUGUGUGUGUAUUGAGAGCAUUUUGACACCAGAGAGAUUGAUUGAUUAUUUUCCAGUGUCAUCAUAUAGAUUCCAGAUGAUUGAUGGAAUUUGAGUCCAAACUGGAUUAUCAGUAUAUGAAUCAAUAUGAAUUAAAAAGGAUUUAAUUGACCCUUCAUCAGAAUACAGAGAGAGUCUCCAUGAACCCUCCACAGAUAAAUUACGGUUAUAUUGUGCUUCUUUCUGUUUGUCCCUUUGGCUGUGAUAUCAUCCAGGUACAGUCUUACCUUUAUAGAUAUACUGCCUCGAGUUGGGAACACAUUUGGCAAUUAAAGCCAGAUUAUGAACCUGAUUUGCCCCAAUGACUGAUUUGUGUUGGGUUGAGAGUGAAAACUUGUGCCCUGCUGACUCGCUCUUACAUGAUGUUUUUGACACUUAACCACCUGCAUUUGGAAUUAAUCAUACAAUUGGUGUACUAUGAAAAGAUUUCCGAGGCUGUUCAGCUUGAAAGUCUUCCAGUGUGCCCCACAGCUCUGGUAUUAGACAAACAAAAGCAGUUUACGGCAGGAAAUGUGCAAUCAUCCAGAAGUUUCAAGGACGGCGUUUGCUAUUUGAUAAGAGCCGUGUGGGCAACUCAGCGAAGAACAAGUCAUUGAUUAUGCAUGUGGAACUCAGUUUGCCUGCUAUUCAGUAAAACAUUCAUGUACCACCCAAUUAGGGUGUGUAUCUCCAAUGGCCUUCUGUCAUCGAUCAGUCUGUUCAGCCCCCUGUGAUUGAAAAGCAGUGGUGGUCAAAACCUGGGUAGUCUGAAAUCUCAUCCACAGAAGAAACUGGUGUGUUUUACAGGUGCACUCAGAUUCCUAUUAAAUAUAUCAUAGCAUAUCUGUGGCAAUUGUUCAAAUCUCAUCUGUAGAUAUACUCCGAUAGUUUGCAUCUGUAGUCCCCACUGUAUUACAGCAUGAGUGAUUUCCAAUUCCACUGAUGGUAUGAUGGGUAUGAACGUCUUCCGGCACCGUGUUUGUGUGGGUAAUGGAUUUUUGUUUUCAAUGAAAUUCCUGUAUAUUUGAAGAGUGAGAGGAGGUUUUUGGUCUGAUGCAUUUAUAUGUUGUGGAAAAUUAUUUGUAAAAGAAUAAAAUAAAGAUUCUAUUCUAAUUUGA